CCCCGACAGAAGUGGUGGCGACUUGCAGUGUGUUCUGCCUGAGUUUGGGCUUUUAUUGUGAGGCGAAGCGGCAGGCAACCUGGACGUACGGUGUGUCAGUGUUUUAUUGAUUUUUGGCUAGUUUUUGACCCAGGCGGCGUCCGAACGGAGUAAUUCGAAUUUAAUUAGUCUACUUUUUCGGUCAAACAAAGAGAGUGUUGGUUAGAGUUUGAGCCAAAGGACGGUGUUUGAAUGAUUUGAUUGGGUCACAGGAGAAAGAUCGCUUCAGUCAGUCAGUGGCUUUGGGCUAGCAAAGUUUUCGAACAGAGAGUGGCUAGUCGCGAAUAUACUAGGCAACCUUUGAACGGAAAGUCUUGCUACAGACAAUUCUGCAGUUCUUCCGUUGUGUGCACGUUGCGUUGCAUCGGGUCUUUCUUGUUGCAUCCAUCGACGACGACCACAACGACGGCGCUUGUGACGGUGAGCGUUGAUCGUUUCAAGGUAAAACACACGCGUCCGGUGAUUCAUUCUGUUGCGCGCUACUCUCGCAAGGUCUGCUGUGUGUUGGUGCCCUCGUCUGUACCGACAGUCGCGGUUGUCGUUGUGUUGCCGUUGUCCGCGUUAGGCUGGCUGAGCUUGGGCUCCGAAGUAGUUGGCUUAAGUACGCGCCCGCUAGUACACGUUCGAGCGCGAGAAGGUAAAGUAAAGCGAAAUUAAAGGCAAGAUCGAACCUAGUGGGGAAAACGCCCCAACUCAACAAGUGUCCACCAGAAUUAGCAGUACAAACCAACCGCGUGUAUGGGAACAUCGUGUCCCUUCGCGAUAAACACUUUUACUCUGGAAACAAGAUAUUAGUGAAAACAACAACCGACCCGACUACUCAGAACGUGUUACUUGCCCGGAAAAAUCUACUGUCAGUGUUUGACGAAAGCCCCAUGUUCCAAAAGUACACAAAAGCAGAAAAAAAUAAGAAAAUAUUUACUUAGGCGAAGAAAGUGUCGAAACAGGAAGUCGUGAAAGUGAGUGAGUGAGAAUCGUGAAGGAGCGCCAUAGUCUUGAGCCGUGGUGAAAGAAAAAAAACGCGUGAAGUGUUGCCGCUCGCAAAGUGUCCGAUUGUAGCAGUCAAGCAAAAGGAAAUUCGGUGGUUGAAGACGAGAGCGAGAGCGAAAGAGUUGCCGUGGCUCCACCGAAUCCCACCCCGUUCGAAGUGAACCGAAACUAAGCCGAAAUAAGAGUAACAAGCAACGGCAAAAAAAUCGAACAAAAUGGUAGACAAGCAGCGAUUCAUUUUGCCCUGCAUCGUGGUUUGCGCUAUUUUCUCAGCUAUCACCAACGCGCAAUCCAUUCGGGUGGACACCGACCCACAUGAAAUCGUUGUCACCGAGAACCAAAGAAAUGUGAGCCUAUCGUGUCGAGUUGGUCGACCGAUUCAGUUUUGCACGUUUACCCUGCCCAACCGAGACCAGCAGGUGGCAUUGGAUCCGAACCAGCCGGCGAGAGAUGGGUUACAGUACUUUGGUCAGGGUCUGCAGGCUGGCGCGUGCGGAGUGACGAUAGACCGGAUAACAACGGCUCACAAUGGCCAGAUGAAGUGUUCUUUGUUUGUGGAUGGCCGCAGUGCCGAGGGAAACAUCAACGUCGUAGUGGCAGUGGCUCCCACUGCACCGGAAAUACAGACGGAUACCGACACCCAGUCCUUCGAGGUAGACACCAAGCUAGUGGCUCACUGCUUCACGAGGGGUGGUAGCCCUGGUGCCAACUUAGCAUGGUUUUUGGAUGACGAACCUAUCUACCAGGGAGUUUCCCAACCACAAGAAUUCGAAGAAGAAGGUCACAACGGCCUUACCAACACACUCUCCCUGCAGCGGUUUAUUCAAGCUAGUGACAGUGGAAAGAGACUGAGAUGUGAAGCAAAGCACAUCGCAUAUCCGGAAGGUGCCUCGCGGACGUUUUUGCAGAUCACCGUAAACUUUGCCCCCCAGGCUCUCCCAGAAACCACCGUUCACGGUUUGACUCUCGGUCGCACAGUAGAUGUCACAUUGACAAUCCGUUCCAAUCCGUCUCCACGAACCUUUUGGACCGUCGAAGGAGUUGAAAUCGAACAAGGCCUCGAAAGUGGCCGGUACUCUGCUCGUGUUCCGGAACCAUUGGGCAAUGACGUCUACAACGUGACAUUGACCAUCGCCGGCCUUACGCUGGAGGACCUUUCCAAGACCUAUCAACUGCGAGCUUCGAAUCGCAUGGGCUCACAGGACUAUGUAGUGUUGCUAAGUUCGAUGGAAGCUGAAGUUGACGAAUCUGGCGGCUUUGGAAUCGGUGGAAUCAUUGGAAUUGUGCUGGCAGCACUGAUCAUACUGACAGCAGUUGCACUUAUUAUUGUGGCACGGGCGACCGGUCGAUGGUGCUUCCGAGGCGCUUCGCUCAACACCGACAUCAAUCCGGACUCGGAGGCACAGAUAACGCCUCACUCUCACGAAGAUGACCUGCACGACGAGAAACUGCAACAACAGAACCCGGCCGCCAACUACGAGUCGGACGAAAAGAGCCCGACCGGUGAUGGCACGGCCGGCGCUCCCCAGAAAAAUGGAAAGCACGAAAAUGGCAAGCAAAAGUCGGCUGGGAAGAAGCAGGAGAACGGAAAAGCUGACAGCAAAACCAACACCCCGGUGUAGGUACGACGCUGAACGAAAUGGAGUUGAAAGGAUUGUCGAUCGGACUAACAAUUGGGAUGUUGAAAGAAUUGUAUUCUGAGUCGAAAAGAUUUUUCGCUGCAUUUUCAUUGUAGGAUUUUGAUAGACGAGGAAUAAGAAUUUCAUAACAAAAAUUGGAUUAGAUCAAAUAAACAACUUCCGGAUAGAUAACUAUUUUCCAAGAACAUAUAAAAUGCUUGUCAUCAUAAUGGGUUUAUCAAACAUAACAGGUUUAUCAAUUGAGAUAAAGGAUACGAACAAAUCAGUAGCUAAACCAGCUACUCAUGAUGAAACGUCAUAAACAACAAUUAAACAGUUUAGAUGAAAUUAAAGCGAAAGAAAUAAUGAAUUACGAUGGAGAUACUUAACCGAUGUACGUCCAAUUUUUCACAAAGUGUUCCUUUUAAUCGCAACAAAUCCCACAUUUUCGGCCAUAAAACAAAACGAUAAGUAAAAAUGAUUUCGCUUCGUUCUGUUGAGUCUCCUUUUUCCAUAAUUUUUCAUUUCCAUUUCUAGUCCGAUCUCCAUUACUCACUCCACUUCUAAAAUUCAUCAUUUUUUACUGUCCAUCACAAGUGACAGAACAUCAGUAAGCAAAACGAAGAAAACCAGCAAUGAUUAAUAAACACGUCCUGUUCGGUAGCACAAAACCCCAAUGCGGCUUAGUGAGGGUAGCGAAUGAAAACAGAACAAAACAUGACUGGAAUUCGUCCGUGGUCAGUCUGGACAAUGGAAAUCAUUUUUUCAAAUAGAAGUAGACAAGAAAAAAUUCUUAUUUUAUUACUCGAAAAACGAUGAUGACGACGACGAGCUGCCAUUUUUCACACUGACUAUGAAAACGAAAUUAUGAAAGACGCUCAACAAAAUAACACAAGCAAAACGAAUGCAACCCCUUGAAAUGGGAACAACAGCUGCACAUUUUCUAUUGACGUUGGAAUAGUAGAACAAACGGAGAAGUGGAAUGUACUUAACCAUGAAGGAUAACGAAAAGAAGGGCCUGAUGAUAGAUGGGAAGAGCGCAAGCAUUUGUUUUAAUUUUAAUCGUUCAACCAUCCCCGGAGAUAACAUCUCCCGAAAAAGUCGAUUGUUAUUAAAUUAUAUCUUAGUUAAACGAGAAAUUUGCGUAUUUCACAGACACAGAUCGUAUUUAAUUCAUUUUCCUUAAACAAAAUAAAAACAUCGUUCUAGGUUUAGGCACGUAGUUGAUGUAGGUAAGCAGAAAAAAUAACAAAUCAUUUGCACAAAGUGUCCAUAAUCAGGAGAGCGCUAACCGUAAAGUAGCAAUCACGAAGUAGUACUAAUAUUAAUAGUAAUUAGGUAGUAAGUACGAAAAUUUUUACUAACAUUUAAGAACUGAAAUCGUUUAUUUAGAAAGAUUCAACAUAACCUUUUACUCUGGUUCUACGAAGAAAAAACAAUGAGCUCUAAAAUAACUGCUUCACUCAAUAACAAAACAACAGUUGCCCUCCGAUUGGUCGAUAGAUUCUCAAAAUAUUUUAGAUAUGUUUAAAAUUUCAUUUGACAAUUUUCUCUAGGUAGUUUAGUUAAGCGAAAUCCAUGUGAUCUGAGUUUUUUUGAUUAGAUUAGUCAGAUCUGAGCCUACUUAAAUACUUGACAAACGUCCACAAAUGUACGUCCAAAACAUAUUACACUCAAUCACAGAUUUUGCUAAGCACUUUCCUCUACAACAGAUCAGGUAUUCAAUGAAUCCAUGUCAAUUUUAUCCUCACAUAAUAAAUAAGCAUUUUUUAUAUCGACGGAAUGUAUAUAGAAGAACAGAUUACGAAUAAAGUUUGUAAAACAA